AGGCUGUAAUCCUCCUCUAUAAAUAUACCCAUCAUCAGUGAAUUAUUCCUCAGGUUCAGCAUACUGAAAAUAUAUUUUAAGCUGCUUUGUGAAUUUAAAUUUUUGGAUCUCUAAUUUUUAGAUAGAAAAACAAGGGAAUUGAAGAUGGUUUUAGCAGUAAAAGCUUGGAUGGUUGCAGCCAGCAUUGGAGCUGUGGAGGCGUUGAAGGACCAAGGAUUCUGCAGAUGGAACUACACCAUUAGGUCAGUGAACCAGCAUGUCAAGAAUAACCUCAAGACUAUAUCUCAGGCCAAGAAGAUAUCUUCCUCUUCAUCUGCUGCUGUAGUCUCAAGGAAAGUGAGGGAAUCAAGGCAAGCAGAGGAGUCUCUGAGGACAGUCAUGUACUUGAGUUGCUGGGGUCCCAACAGCUGAGGAUAAUCCGCAUGCUUAUAAAAGCUUUGGCAUAUAAAUAUUUUCAAGAUUUGGUCUUUCACACAGCUAGAGGAGACAUAUCUGAAGCCAAACUCUUGGUCUCUAAUUUAGAACAUAGAUGAUGGAUUUUUGUAAUAUGAGGUGUAAUUUGUAUAAUAUGUUGAAUACGAAAUAUUAUGAUAAUUUAAUAUUUUUGUUCA